AUGGACUCAGACAUCCUGCAAGCCUUCCAGAGAGAACUCACCUGCUCCAUCUGCCUGAACUACCUUGUAGAACCAGUUACCAUGGGUUGUGGGCACAGCUUUUGUCAUCCAUGUCUCUGCCUUUUUUGGGAAGAAGCUCAAACUCCUGCCCAUUGCCCUAUGUGCAGGGAGCGAUCACAACAAAGAGACUUCAAGACCAAUAUUCGUUUGAAGAAUCUGGUAUCUAUUGCCAGACAGGCCAGUCUCAAGCAUUUCCUGAACUCUAAGGAGUACAUGUGUGUUACCCAUAAGGAGAGAAAAAAGAUCUUCUGUGAAGAGGACAAGAACCAGCUCUGUUUGCUCUGCUCCAACUCUGAGGAGCACAGGGCUCACAGACACUGUCCCCUUGAGGAGGCUGCUAAGGAGUACCGGGAGAAGUUUGUAAAACAAAUGAGAUCUUUUUGGAAAAAGAUGAAAGAAAACCAGAGAAAUCUAAAAAGGGAGAACAGAAAAAUUAACCAAUGGGUUUGGUAUGUGCAUCUGCACAGAGAGGCUACCAAGGCAGCUUAUCGAAUGGUGCAUCCAGAUGUCCAUGAGGAGGAAAAAGAACAUUUGGAGACACUUAUAAAGGAACACAAAAUUACUGUACAGCAACUUAAGAAAAGCAAAGCGAAAAUGCUUCAGAAGAGGAAACAGCUAAAGAAAGUCUUUAAGGAGCUAAUGAAAACGUGCCAUAAACCAGAUGUGGAACUGCUCCAGGAUGUAGAAGACACUUUGGCAAUGUGUGAGUUAGUGGUGCUGCACAUGCCUCAGCCUGUGAGGCCACGGCUCAAUGCUCAACCCAUCACUGGACUGGUAGACAGACUUAAACACUUCCAAGUGAACUUUUCCUUCCAUAAUGAAAUAAACAGUCGCAAUAUCAUGCUGUUUGAUGAUGUGAGAAGUCUGAUAUUUGGACAAGACAAUGAAGAUGAAUCUUUGAAUUUGGACAGAUCAAACUUCUUUGCCGCAUGGGGAGAUCAGGCCUUUGCUUCUGGGAAAUAUUACUGGGAGCUGGAUGUGAAUGACUCCUGGGACUGGGCUGUAGGAGUCUGUAGGGAUUCUGUGGUAAGGAAGACUCACACCAUGAUAGAAUUAGAGGACGUGUUUCUCCUUUUAAGUGUGAAGGAAGAAAAUCAUUCCAGUCUCUUGACUACCUCCCCAAUAUUUUUUCUGCAUAUAGAGGAACCUCUGGGAUGUGUUGGUGUCUUCCUUGAUUUUCAAAAUGAAAGUGUGGGUUUUUUGAAUGUUGCCAAAAGUUCCCUUAUAUGGAGAUCACCUGCUGGGUCCCUGAAUUUCCCUGUCAGGCCUUUUUUUUUCCGCAGGCCAAACAAUUAUGGAUAA